AUGAAAUGGGUUCAGGCUUCGAUGGAUAAUCGUCUUUGGCCUGUACGACCGCUGUAUUUUACCAUUGGAGUCACUUCAAUGGGUUUAUGUGUAAUUUCUAUCGUCACUGCGUAUAUUCCUGUGUUUUUAUUGAGACAGUUCCUAAGCUGCUUCUACUUCUCUUACAAAAGGUACUUGUUCGAGGAUCCAAAAAAGCCCUCAUUGGCCACUAAAGUCUGGCAUAUUUGUCAUAAACUGUUGCUGUUGAUUUCUCCUCCAAUUCUCAAGUCGAAUGAAAAUCUUCUGCCCAGUCCUACUGUACCGAAUCUAGAGGAAACUGUUUUCAGGUACCUCGACUCAGUUAAAAACAUCCUCAGAAAGGUAGAGUGCAUGAAAAGAAAUAAACAAGCUCAGUCGUUUUUGGAAAAUGAAGGUCGCCGUUUACAAAAGUGCGCUUGGAUCAUGUCCAUGACCUCAGACAAUUAUAUCACUCCCUUGUGGGAGAAAUACGCUUACCUCUAUAGAAGAUGUCCGUUGUUGGUGCACAGCAGCGUCGCUCACGCGGAUCUCCUGAAUGUGCCCGCCAACCGCCGGAUGACCGAGGCGUUCAUGGCGGCUCACAUCUCCUACUACGAGUGCAUGUCGCAGUUAGCCAUCGAUAGGCAAGCUGUCAAGCCGCUCGGCAAUGGUCUCGUUUGCUCAAAUCACUAUGAUAAGCUCUACAGUACAUGCCGCAUUCCUGGCGAGAGAAUAGAUAAACUGAUGAAUUACGGAAUUUCGAAACACAUCGUUGCCAUCGUUGAUGGGCGCUUCUACAAAGUCAUGUUAUGCGACGAGGAGAAUCGUAUUUACUCUAUUAAUCAGUUGGCGAAAAUCUACACUGAAAUGCUGUCCCGUGGAGAGAAAGCUCAAGGAUCGGCAAGAAAGGUUGCAGCUCUCACGGCUGACUCGCGUGACCGAUGGGCUCACAAUAGAUUGAAAUUCUUCGUGCAACACCCGGUGAACGCCGUGACGUUGCGUCAGAUCGAGUCGUAUGGUUACGAUGAUGUGAGACCUGAUUUCGAAGAGAAUCCUGACAAAAUAUCACAUUUCCUUCGAAAUAUGCUAACCGGGAACGGAAUAGAUCGCUGGGCGGAUAAGUCGCUGAAUUAUGUCGUUUCAAAAAAUGGACGAGUUCUCCAGCUUCUACAAUCGUCAUGUUGCAGGGAAUUUGGCAAAGGUCUGAUCAAAGCAUUCGGAGUCUCGCCCGACGCCUUCGUGCAGAUGGCAAUCCAACUUGCCAACUACUGGGAUCAAGAGCGCUUUGUUUUGACAUACGAAUCGGCGUCUGCUCGAUUCUAUAAGAAUUCCCGCACAGAAACUCUACGAACCGUCACCAAUGAAUCGUGCGAAUUCGUUCUUUCCAUGCUAAACGAAAGACGAUUGCGAGCUGCAUGUGCUGUGCAUACUAAAAGGAAUAAGGAGACUGGUCAAGGAAUAGAUAAGCAUCUGUUCGUGCUGUACUUACUUUCUCAAGGAUCGUUCAUUUCCAGUCCAUUCCUGGAUCAUUAUAUUGUCCAACCUUGGCUGUUGUCCACCUCGCAUAUACCGAAUGUGACAAACCAGAUUAAUGAGGACGACGAAGUAUGGAAAAGUUGGAUAGGCGCUUGCUUUGGAGCUGUCACACCACGUGGCUACGGGGUGUGCUAUCGAUUUGGAGGAAAUCACAGCAUUUUUGCUCACGUGACGAGCUAUAAAUCCGCUGAAAAUACGGAUUCUACGAGAUUCCGAUGUCACCUGAGCAAUGCCUUCCGGGAAAUGGCUAACCUUUUUUCAACAGGAACCGCCUUUUGA